AGUUUUCCUCUUUCAGAAGGUUCCUGACAGGGACAGCCGGUUUUUUCCACACGGAGUUAGAUUUUUAUAUAUGGACUGAUACGAAUAUCGCGCCCCGUGGCUUAAAGUCGAUUUUCACUUCUGACUUCCGUUGCAGAUUGUUAGAGGAGUAUCACCAUAGAAAUGCGAAGAUACUCGCAUGGAGAAUAGUGGCGGUCAAAGGCUAUUUUCAUUAUUAUUUUUUAAAGUUCGGACUGUAAUCUGCUGAGUCUCCACGAGGGCUCAGUUGUGCAAGUAAACUCCCCUGCCCACGCCACGCCCAACUCAGCACUUUGAAGUCAGCAUAUUUGAUUAUGUAGAAAAGGUGUAGGUAGCCAUGUAGAAGCUCCUGAAGCCACAGUAGUAAUAAGGUUUAAUAGAGUCUGCUAGGUCCUAAUAAUUGGCAUCCUGCGGAGGAAGACAUUUGAGCUUUUAUAGUGUAAUUUGCUCCUAAGUACACAUGUAGACAAUAAUCAAUCUGCAAUUAGAGAAUUAUGGGAUAACCAGCCUCAUAUAACUAACAUGGUUAAGUUUAAUUAAUGCAUGAAGAGAUUAAUGCCAUAGAGUAAGCUGCCCUGCCAAGUUUAGCUACAGGUCACUCCCUCUCACCUUGGGUGGGGGGUAAUCAAUGCCUUUGUUUGCCUUCUGUCUACCAGAGAAAUUUAGUGUGUGAAGAGGCUAAGGUAGUUGCUACAUCUUAGCUGCAUGGCUCUUACAAACCAUUGUUGUGUUCCUGUACCAAUAAUUUAGGAAAAUUCUCCACUGUAACUGAGGCAAGUUGUACUGCCUGUGUUUUCUGACUGAUGUAUGGAAAUCACAUGAACCUGACCUUUGGAGAGUUUAUGUGUUCCAAAAAUAAUAGGAGACAGUAAAGACUAUGUCUGUUUUCCCCAAAAUCUCAUUGAGGGCAAAGGUUGAAGAGUACCUGAGGGCUACGUUUAAAAACGAUGAGCUCCUAACUGCUUUGGGUGCAGUGGAAGCCGAACGGAAAUAUGAAUCUCUGUUAAAUAAUUUAUCCCAUCCACCAGCUUUCACAACUGUUCGAGUGAACACCCACCUGGCAUCUGUGGAAGAUGUAAGAGGUCUGCUUUCUGAAGAGAUCCACAAGCAGUACACAAGUCUUACUGUUCCGGUUCUUCGGCAUCCAAAACUUCCUGACAUCUUACUUAUUCCUGUUAUUGGGCCCAGCAGAAAGGAGGUACAAAAGUUGACAAAUGAAGUUAUUGUUGGUGCACAGUGUGGGAAUGCGGUGCUUCGAGGAGCACACGUCUAUGCUCCAGGAAUCAUAUCUGCUUCAAAAUUCAUGAAAGCUGGAGAUACUGUUUCAGUAUACUCUGAUAUUGAAGGGAAGUGUAAAAGAGGGGCCAAAGAAUUUCUCGGAAGCAAAGUUUUCAUCGGAAAUGGGAUUUCUGAACUGAGCCGAAAUGAAAUCUUUAAUUCUACUGGCCCACUGAAAGGGAUGGGAAUAAAAAUGACAGAACCAAUUUACCUUAGUCCUUCAUUUGACAAAAUGUUAUCGAGUUAUCUGUUUCUGCAGAAUUUGCCCUCUUCAGUUGUGAGUUAUGUUUUAAAUCCUCAGCCAGGACAGAGAAUUUUGGACAUGUGUGCUGCUCCCGGGGGGAAAACAACCCAUCUUGCAACAUUAAUGUGUGAUGAGGGAGAAGUAAUUGCCCUGGACAAGACUGCAGAAAAAGUGAAAAAGAUAAAGCAAAAUGCUGCGUUACUGAAGUUGAAUUGCAUUAAAGCAUUUUGUUAUGAUGGUACUAAGGCACUUGCCAUUGGCAAAGGAGAGGACUGGCAAGAAGGACCUCCAUUUUUACCAGAAUCAUUUGACAGAAUACUUCUCGAUGCUCCAUGUAGUGGCAUGGGGCAGAGGCCAAAUAUGGUGUAUUCCUGGUCUUUAAAGGAAGUGACUUCUUACCAGCCCUUGCAGCGCAAGCUCUUCAGAGUGGCAGUGCAGCUGCUGAAGCCAGGGGGCAUCCUGGUAUACAGUACCUGCACAAUUACGCUUUCUGAAAAUGAGGAGCAAGUUGCCUGGGCAUUGGAGACCUUCCCAUGCCUUCAGCUUCAGUCACAGCAGCAUUCUAACAUUCUGUUUCCGGAGAAUGCAGAUUUGUGAACUCCAAGAUCAGCUGUCCCAUAUUUUAUUCUGAGACUGAUGUAAAGAAAUACUAUUAAGCUAACAGACCAAAAAUUCCUUCAAGCAUCACCAUCAUCUUUGGCCCUAGAAGGAGUGGCAACUCAGAAUCUUAGCAUUCACAUUGCUUUUUAUAUUGUCUCAUUUUUAUUUUUAUUUUAAAUAGCCUUUGCAUCCUAGAAAUGCUUCUAUUGUAAUAUGUUUGUGAUUUAUAGAUUUGGGUAUUCCACUGCAUUUCAGGAACCAACAAGUGGAUACUCAAUUCCAGCAGUAUUUUUUUUUCUAAUUAUACACCCCUUACUAGAACAAAUGCCACCAAGCAGUUUAGAAUGAUGUAAUAUAUAUGGAAUGGGGAAUGUUGAGUGGUUAAUGUGCAUAACUGGCCAGUGUACAGAUGCACCAGGCAUCAGGGAGAAUGUGCACAUAAUUCAUCCAUGAAGAGGGAAUAGUGCACAUUUUACAGGCAAUAUGCAUAAUCUCCAGAGGAACUUGGGAAAUGCACAUAUAUCUACAGAAUCCUGUACAUCCUCUGGCCAUUAUGUAUAAUAUCCAAGAGUCACUGGGAGGGGGGAUAUAUCUGACCUUUGUUUUGUACGUUCUGCAGGCAGCAAGCACAUUCUCUGGUCAGUAUGCAUAGUCCUAUCUCUUCUUUGCAAGAGUGCAAUCCAUCUCCUCUGCCCUUCUGUUGGUCCACUGACUAAUCAUGGCCCACAACAGAUCCUCCUAUUGAUCAGCUGAUUAGCAGCAGGAAGAAGGGAUCCAUCUUUUAAAAAUAACUUCUUUUGCUUUCCAGCCCUUUACACCACUCUCAGCUGUUCCCCAGUCAGCUUAGCAGCAUAACAGGGAUAGUAGGGGAAGCUUUAAACCUUCCCACCACCUUCCCCAAUUUUGAUGGAAAUUGCCCCCUGCCCAAUGCUGCUAUUAAGCUUGGAAAAAACAGCAUUGGGGCAGUCAUCAUAGGAAUCACAGGGUGUCAUGGGCCAGGAGUCAGCUUCACCUGCUGAACAGCAGAAGGGGAAGAAGGCAGGGUGGCUCCACCUGCAGCUGAUCAGGAGGAGAAGGCCCUGAUGAGAACCAGCUGGCUUUCAGCCUUCUUAAGCAGUUCCCAGCAGCAGUCAGAUGCUGGUAACGUUUGUAGUUCCUGGGCCUAACUUCCUGCUCCCUGCUCAUCUUGAUCCUUGGCCACCUGCUCAUCAGAUUCUUUGGCGCCUGGACUAUCUGACCACGUGGAUUACUGUUUGCCCAACCCUAGGACUGGACCUGACUUUGGCUGCCGACUCUGCCUCCAGGUAAGUACACCUCAGAGACCCUUUGAGUUGGCUGGUUUUCCACUGUGCUGUGCUCUGCAUGUUUUUGCUCAGCAACAAGACUAUGAGAUGGGAGGGAAGUUUCAGCUUGCUGAGGAAAAUCACCAUCAAAUAGAAAGCCUGACUGAAUCAAUUUGGUGCUAGUUUUCUAUACCAUAAACAAGUUUCACUGAAAGCAAUGGAAUGAAACUUAGU